AGCGUCUCAUCAGUCAGUCACCACCGUCGUCCAACUUUGAAAGUCAGGAGGUAGCUAAGCUAAGCUGAGGGCUAAGUGAAAAUGGUGUCCGUCAGCUUCAAGAUCCACGGAGCCGGGGUGACAACCGUUGCAGUGCUCCUCCUUGGCUCCCUCCUUCUCUUUUCCGAUGCGUCCAUGGACGAGCCGGCUGCUUACAAGCACGUCGCUCCAGCUCCGUCGCCCUUGUCCUACCCCCCGACGCCGGCACCAUCCAAGCCGAUCCACCCGGUGAUCAUCGUCCAGGGCAUCGUCUACUGCAAGUCCUGCAAGCUCCGCGGCUACAACGCCGGCAUGGACGCCUCGCCUCUCCCCAACGCGACGGCGAAGUUGGUGUGCUACGGGAGCAAGGGAGGGUACAGGGUGCUGAACAUGACGAGCACGGCGACGGACGAGAACGGCUACUUCCUGGCCAUGGUGUACGACCUGGCCAUGUUCAGCCGGCGCAGCUGCCGGGUGUACCUCCGCACCUCGCCCACGCCGCUCUGCGACGCGCCCUUCCUCCCGGCCGACGCCUCGCUGGGGAUCGUCCUCAAGAGGGAGGAGGUGAAGCCGUCGUCGCCGGAGGGCGUGCGCGGCGUCUACAGCGCCAGGACCGCGCUCAUGUACGCGCCGCGCAAGGGCGCCAAGUGCCCGGCCUACUACUGAUGAGCGAGGACGGACACGCACGUACGUCGGGAGAUGGACAAGUGUUGUGAGAUCGACGCCGUGGUAUGGUAUGCAGCGAACGUAGUCGGAGGCAAUAAAAAGCAGAGACUGUUUGUCGUCGCGUAGGUCUGGGUCGUUUUAGUUUGUAAUCCAUCGGGUACUGCUUGUGGUUUCAAGUUGAAGUCGUUUCCAUGUUGAUCUGUGUAGGUUUACAUUUUUCAGGCUGCCCUUCUGUCGAAUGAAAAUAGUGUUCGGUCAUCCA